CAUUCCUGAGAAGUGAUAAUGCUGGUUGCUACCACUGCGGCAACUUAUGGCUUGCCAUUCCAGGCAUUAGUAGGCGUACUGGUAUUUCCAUAGCCAGCUAUGACUACAGCGAGGCCCAAAGUGGGAAAUCUUAUUGUGAUGCCAAGAUUGCCCAUAUGAGAGGGAAGUUGAGUAAAGAAGCAGCAUCAGGCCAUAACAUCAUCACAGCUGCUGACAUGAAAUCAGCUAUAGACUUGCAUGGAGGAACGACUGGAUGCCAAGCUUCACAUGUUGAACUCCUUGAAAAACCCUCUCCUGCAGCCAAGUUUCCAAUAAAAGGCAUCACUAGAAUAUCAAAUGUGAAGUUUGGUGAAGGACUUAUAACAACUUGGCGAGCCUACAACAUUGGAAGGGGCAAAGAAUUCCCUAUUGAACAUGAAAACAAUGAUAUUGCAGAUUUAGAAAUAAAAUCAGGUUUUGUUGCGAGUCAUGGAGCAGAAGGGAACAUUCGGAAACCCACAGAUAGUAGGAAUGAUGUGAAUUCUGCAGUUGAUCAUUGCUUUCCUUGUCCUGAAGAAGGAUGUACUCAGACCUUUACUAGAUAUGGGGAUAUGCAAAACCAUUGUUUCCUUGGCAACCAUACUUAUAAACUUCAAGCAAUGUCCACUUAUGAUCAUAUCAAGAUGAGAUGGCGGAAUGCAUGUUCUUCAUUGUCAGGGGAUACCCUGAAACACGCUUCUAGUACUGGAGAGGAAGUCACAGAUCAAAGUUAUGUGCAGUCUGACAUGGGGUGGGCCUUGAAAAAAGACAGAAAAAAUGCUCGAUUUUCGGAUGAUCUGAAAUCCUAUUUGACUGACAUCUUCCAACAUGGAGAGAAUGGUGGAACAAAAGUGCACCCAUUUAUAGUUUCUCAGAAUAUGAGAGUGGCCAAGAACGAACGCGGGGAAAAAAGAUUCAACCCAAACCAAUAUUUGGCAGUUAGUCAGAUAUCUUCCUUUUUUUCAAGACUUUCAGCUAUGAAAAAAACAUCUACUAACGACAUGAAUGAUGGUGAUUUGGAUGCAAUCCUUCUGAAUAUUGCAAAGGCUGAUGUUAUAGCAGAAUUUCAAUAGGAAUUCAAAAUCUUUGACUAAAAUAGUGUCUACUUAUGCUUCAAACUGGAUUCUAAAUAUUACAUGUAAUACAUAUUGUGCUAUUGUGUACAUGUAUACAUGUAUUAUAAGUUACUGUGCAUUGAAGCCUUUGAUGUAGAUCUACCAGAAUUCUUAAUGUGAUUACGUACAGACAUUAGU